CUCCCGUGGAUCCGAAAUAUCGCAGGCGGGCUUUCGCUGCUGGUUUUGAAUUAUACUUCUUUAAGAAAAGAACUGUUAGCACAUUCGUAGAUCAUAUAUAAAAUCCGUAUUAAAUUAAGUGGCACCUGUAAGCCGAUAAAAAGUAACAGGAGGGCCUGCUUCCCCUCAGACACAGACAGAGGCCAUAAUGAAGCUCACGGACAAUGUGCUGCGGAGCUUCCGAGUUGCUAAGGUGUUCCGUGAGAACUCAGACAAAAUUAAUUGUUUUGAUUUCAGUUCAAACGGCGAAUCGAUUAUUUCCAGCAGCGAUGACGAUUCCUUAGUCUUGUACGACUGCCAAGAGGGAAAACCGAAGAGGACUCUCUACAGCAAAAAGUAUGGAGUGGAUCUGAUCCGGUACACGCAUGCUGCAAACACUGUGGUCUACAGUUCCAACAAAAUCGAUGAUACCAUCCGAUAUCUGUCUCUUCAUGACAACAAAUACAUCCGCUACUUUCCCGGGCAUAAUAAAAGAGUUACAUCUCUCUCCAUGUCUCCUGUGGACGACACUUUUAUCUCUGGCUCAUCGGACAAAACAAUCAGACUUUGGGAUUUGCGGUCGCCCAACUGCCAGGGUUUGAUGCACCUGCAGGGGAAGCCAGUGUGCUCCUUUGAUCCAGAGGGUUUAAUUUUUGCUGCGGGGAUAAAUUCCGAAAUGGUUAAGCUUUAUGAUCUGCGGUCGUUUGAUAAGGGUCCCUUUGCAACAUUCAAGCUUCAGUACGACCGGACGUGCGAGUGGACCGGACUCAAGUUCAGCAAUGAUGGAAAACUCAUUCUUCUUUCUACAAAUGGCGGCGCCCUUCGGGUCUUGGAUGCCUUUAAGGGUGCUGUGCUACAUUCCUUUGGGGGCUACAACAACAGUAAAUGUGUACCGCUGGAGGCGUCGUUCACUCCGGAUUCCCAGUUUGUUAUGAUCGGCUCCGAGGACGGAAAGAUCCACGUGUGGAACGCAGAGAGCGGCAUGAAGGUGGCUUUAUUAGACGGGAAGCACACGGGACCCAUAACCUGCCUGCAGUUCAACCCCAAGUUCAUGACGUUUGCGAGUGCCUGCUCCAACAUGGCAUUCUGGCUGCCGACCAUUGAUGACUGAUGAGGCCAAAGUGAGCUGCUGGGUUCAGGACAGUUGUAGAUUUCAGAGGAAGUGUUGCUAACUAAUUCAAAUUGUAAAUAAGUAGUUCACAGAAACAGAUCAUUUGUUUAUUCUUUUUUUAUAUCUCUAUUUAACAUUAA